CAGAACAUUGAGAUGGUGUUUAUCCGUUUAGUUCCCGUAAUUUAUCUUAUAGAUAAUGGAAUUUGUCAGUUUUACUAUUGAUAGGUAGUAGAGGUUUAAGAUAACUUCUGAUAAGUCAGUCGUGAUCUGACCGUGAAAUCUUGCGACCGUGAUACUUACAAAAUCUAUUAAAAGUGAAAUCUGUGAAUGAUGCCUCCAAAGAAAAUAUCACAAUGUCAUCAAGCGUUGGUUGAAUUAAUCUAUAAAUUGGCCGGAAUCUGUAAUAUGCAACUAAGUGAUUACGUCGUUGAAAUAGGGUGUGAUGACGUUGAUAGUUUCUUGACUGGUUUGUUUAAAGUGCAACUCAAAGGGAGUGUUAAUGGACAGAAGAUUAAAAAGAAAUUACUGAUAAAGUGGCACCAGGAGUCGAAAAUGCGUGUGUGCUUCAGAGAUGCUUACAGAAGAGAAUGCAUUUUUUACAAACUCAUCUCGCCAAGCUUAUUGGAUAUCCAAAACAAAAUUGUCAACAUGGAAGGUUUGAAAAUGAGGUUCCCAAACUGUAUUUAUGCUAGUGACGACUAUGAUAAAGAAACUAUCGUGGUGCAAGAUUUGAAACAAGAUGGUUUUGGCCUUCGGGAUAGGCUUUUUAAGACGAAUUUGGAGUACGUUUCUUUGGUUAUGAGAACUUUGGCGAAAUUACAUGCUCUGUCUUAUGUGCUACAGAAAACUGAACCUAAGAAAUUUGAAGAGAUAGCUUGCUUGUGUGAAGAAGACGUGCAGUACUGUAAGCCAGGACCUGCUCCAAAGAGUAUGAACUCCUAUUACGAAGCCUCCGUUCACGUCGUACAGGAUGCAGACGCUAGAGAUAAGUUGACCAGACUGACUCCAGAUAUUCUGACAGUGUUGUAUAAAUGCACGCGGUCAGAUAAGUACAGCACCAUUUGUCACGGUGACUGCUGGAACAACAAUAUACUCUACCAACACAGGGGCUGUAAGCCAGUGGACGUGGUAUUCGUAGACUACCAGCUGAUGCGGUUCGCGUCCCCAGUCACCGACAUUGCAUACUUCUUGUACAUGUCCACCGAUGGAGAUUUCUUAGACAAACAUUACAACCAAGUCCUCGACAUAUACUAUGGGACAUUAACGGCAGUACUUCGACAUUGCAAUUUGGACGUUGACACAGUAUACCCUAGAAACAUAUUCGAAAAACAACUCAAAGAAUAUUCGGUACUCGGACUGAUAGAGGCUUUAGUCUCAAUGAUGAUAAUAACGGCGCCGUAUGAAGACGCCCUCAAAAUGACUGAGAUGAAAUAUGAACAUUGUGAAGAGGCUCAUGAAGAUGAGUCCAGGGAUAACUUAUUGUUUGUAGAAAGAGUAAACGGAAUUGUAAACGACUUUUUCAAACGGAAUUAUUCUUUAGACGCUCUAUUAACUGAGUAAAUGAUUACACUAGAAAAUUUUGUCUAAUUACCGAUUUAUAUUUAGACAAAAAUAAGGUAAUAAGUUUAUUAAACCCAAAACAAAAGCACGAAGAGAAAUGCGAAAUUAAGUUUAAGAUUAGGUGUUUGCCGCCGUCGUGGCUGAGAUAAUCCUUAUUUUCAUACUGACGCAGCCAUUCUUCGGAAUAAAAUGUGUUGUUUGCGACUAGAAGUGCUGUAAUAUCGGCCAUACCUUGUCCUCAGUGGAAGUUUAAUCUAGUUUUAUGUUUUUAUGUCCUCACAAAAGAAAUAUUAAGGAACGACCGUCGGCCCCGGCCUUGGGAAGGAAUUAAUUCCUCGUCGCUGCAGUUAAUUGUCUGUUACAAAGGUUUUUUCUUUGAAUCUCGGUCGGGAUGAACGAGAACCUUUGUAGGAAAGAAAAUAAUGGCUCCUAGAACAGAUGGAUAUUUAACAAACCCAGCUGUGAUGGUAUUAUAAGCAUUAUUAAGAUAAUUAAAUUGCUCCCUUGAAUAAAUUUAUUUAUUAAAUCGUUUUUGCUUGAAUUUCUUUGUGUAUGAAAGUUCUCGUAGUUGUAAGUACGUAAACAUGUAUAUCGUGGUGAAGUCUUUACUUUUUGUUUUAACCAAAUACUGAAGAGUUAUCCACCUUUACCAAAAACAUGCUACAUUCUGUACUGUGUUUUUAUAAUAACUAUCGUGAGACAUAC